GCAGAGAGAUCACCCAGUAGAUUGAUAAAUCCCCCACUCCGCUGAUCAUGGGAUCUGGACGGUGUUCCAGUAGGGAUAGCGCUUUGCUGGUGAUCUCUGUCAUACGCGUAGAUUCGUGGGAACCUUUUGUGAAUUGGCUUUGUCUCAUUCUCGCACGGUGAUGAUGUAAGUCGCGCCAGCCAUGAUUAUGCUAAAGAGCCGGUUCUCCAGCUUGAUCAGGGGAGUGCUCGUGAGCAGGAGGGAUUUAUGGCGGUGCCAGUGAGUGAGCGAAAAAUAAAAAGUGUCGAGGAGAAAGAAAGGGGGAAUCCAAGCUGUGAGAAGUGCGCGAAACUCUCGCCUGGCUGGCAGUUUGACGAUACCAACGAUCGAGGUAUGAGAUCCGCACGAUCGGUGUUUUUUUGGGUUUUUCUAUCGCAGCACUUUGUGAGAUCAUUUCCACCCAAAAAUUAAUAGUCCGGUAUCUCCCACUUUUUUUUUAACUCGCCUGUCCAUGGGACUGUGUAAUCAUUGCUGGACUUGUGGCAGCAAUUAAAAGCACAAUUUGCGUGGAAAGCAGUGUGCAACGCAUCUCCAGCGCAACAAAAGGUGAUCACGAGGUGUUUGUUGUAGGCAAGAAUUUUGAUGGUGUCGCACAUAGUGAAGAAAGAAACGGUGUGGUCUUGGCAAUUUCCGUGACACGUUGCAGAAACUAUGAGCGGUAAACUAGCAUCGUCAAAUGCUCCAAUUCCCGCACUUUACAGAUUCACCAGCGAUAAAUCCAAUGAAUAAGGCAACGAAUCCAACUGCAAGUGGCGCCAAAGGCGAUCCAGAUGUUAUUCUCGUGACUCUGGUGCCUGAGAAGAAGGGACUAUUCCUCAAGCACUCCGAGUACGAGAUCUCUUCGCGGAAUUACAAAUGCAGCGUUGCGAGGCGCUACAAUGACUUUGUCAAUCUGCACAAUUUACUCGUUACGAGAUUUCCUUAUCGUAUGAUCCCGCGCCUUCCGCCAAAGCAGCUCAUGUUGGACUCUCUGCUUGAGGAGCGACGUCGAGGGCUACAGAGAUGGCUUAAAAUCGUUUCGCGACAUCCUGUGAUUGGUGCUGGGUCACUUCUGAGGAAUUUCCUUACAGACAGUAGCUCAGAUCAUCAGGAACACCUCAGAGAACUCUUUAACAGCGAACCCGAUGAGUUUUCUACGCUUAGUGAAGAAGUUGAGUUACCACUUGAGGAUCAAGGACGCCUCGCUUCCAAUCGGGAAAUAAUGCGCACCAUGCUGAAUGCCGUAACCAGACUAAAGAAAUUCGUGGAUCAACAGGUAACACGGAGUGUUAAUCAGUCCAAAGAUAUGGAAGACAUCUCAUCGAUCCUGAAGCUCCUGAGCUCGAGCGAUCGCGUCUUUUCCUUCGAUACCUUCCCGGACAUGACCAAGGGAUUCCACGAAGUUGCCAAAAUCUCAGAGAAAUCUGCUAUGACGCUGGAAAAUGCCAUCAGUGAGCGUUUUAAUAUGCUCCUCGAUGUCCUAACAGCACACAGUGAUCUCUGUGAUCGCGUGGAGAAGGGAAUUGUGGCAGAACAUCAGCGAGCUCUGACGAAGAUGCUGACACUCAAUAAACAAAAAAUGAAGGGAGUAAUCCGAGGCACGGCGGCUGAUAAUGUAGCGGCACUGCAUGAGAAGGAAGUUGCCCAAACAGGUGUUGUGGGUACUCUCGGAAGGCGCAGUGCCUUCAGCCUGCAGUGUGUACUGCAGGAGACUUCUCUAGCACAGGAGUACCUUCAAGCGCUUCCAUCGAUCGUCCUGGCCUUCUGUAAUGAACAAAAUCAAUCAAAUUCCCUCUCAGCGGACACCUGGAGAGAGAUCCUCAAUGCUGAAGCCAAGAGAUUGAACCAAUAGGAUCUCCUUAAUUUCAUUUAUUGGGAUUCUGUACAAAAAAAAUUAUUGGGUCUGUUGUUGAAUAUUAAAAAUUAUUUGCUCAAAAUUGAAA